GAGUGACCAGCUCCUUUAUGGUGUCCAAAUUGUACUAUAAAUUGUUUGACGGACGCAAGGGGACCACAAGCAAGACCCGGUUCACCAUGGCCAUCCUGAGCGUACUCUGGAGCGACCUCUUUUGGGUGACCGUGGUGACAUUCACCUACUUCGGCUGUCUCAUUGCGAGGAUACCCAUUUUGGAGAGCCUGAUCACCGACAGCAGCAGUUCGCAACUAGGCACACUGUCUGUUCUCUUCCUGGCCACUUGCGUUGGAGAGUCGCUGCUAUCCUGCUACCAGCUCCAUCUCUGCAUGCGCUUUGGACUACGAAUUCGAUCUAUGCUCCAGGCGGCCAUGUUCCAAAAGAUGACUCGGCUGUCUCCCUCCUCGAGGGCGCAGUACCCUGCGGGUCAGAUCGUGUCCAUCCUCGGCGUGGACUGCAUGCAGCUCUCGUUCAGCAUCACCAUGUUCCCGCUGCCCUUGAUCGGCGUCGUCUGCUCGCCGCUCAUCUUCUACAUGCUCUCGGCGCGAGUGGGAGUCUGGCCCGCCGUCUCGUGUGCCGCCUGGUUUCUCUUCACCAUCCUGCUGCCCAUUCCGAUGUCCAGGGUUCAAAACGCGCUAUGGCGCAGGGUUAUGAAAGGACGGGACGACAGGCUGAAGCGCGUGGCGGAUCUCCUGUCCUCAAUCAGGCUGGUUAAGAUGUACGCCUGGGAAGACGCCUACAUGAAUUCCGUGAAGGACCUCAGGGAAAAGGAAAUGGUUCCCAUCUUCCAGGUCAACCUACUGGAUGGUUUCAUCGAUUCCUUGUACAGUGCGUCUACCUCCGUGUUGACCAUCAUACUGUUCGGAACCUUGGCCGCCCUGGACCCUACUCGAAUCCUGACUCCUGCACUGUCCUUCUCCUGUAUCUACAUCCUGUCCUUGACGGACAUGGUGACAAACUCGGCCUCCUUGACCCUCCGGAUGCGCAGUCUCGUAUCUCUCAGCAUUCGAAGAGUCACCAGGUUCUGCACCGCUGAAGAACAAGAGACGCGGCCAACCAGCCACAAGGGCUACCCACAAAGGAAAGGAGAGGUAGUCUUGGAAAAGGGCUCCUUUGCCUGGACCAAGGGCCAGGGACCCAAGAACAAGUCCGUGCUCCGUGGAAUUUCCCUGGACGUCCAAUCAGGCGCCCUCGUGGGCGUCACCGGAUUCGUGGGAAGCGGCAAGUCAUCCCUUCUGGCGGCCAUCUUGGGAGACAUGCACUGCCUCGAGGGAACCGUCAGAAUCAAGGGCAAGAUUGGGUACGUCCCCCAAGUGGCUUGCAUCUACAAUAUGACCGUUCGGGACAACAUAAUCUUCGGUCAGGAGUUCGAUCCUGUCCGCUAUGGCCGUGUACUCCGGGCCUGCGAACUUCUUAACGACAUCAACACAUUCCCUGCUGGUGACCUCACUGAAGUCGGAGAGAAGGGCGAAACGCUGAGCGGCGGUCAGAAGCAGCGAAUCUCGCUCGCUCGAGCAGCCUACAGUCGCUGUUCUAUUUACCUUCUCGACGAUCCGCUCAGCGCCCUUGACCCAAACGUUGCAGACAAGGUUUUCAAGCAAGUGCUGGGGAACAGCGGCCUCCUCAAGACCAAGACCCGAAUCUUGGUGAGCAACCAGGGCAACCUGUUGAAGCACAUGGACCUGCUGAUAUUGAUGGACAAAAACAGCCUGAGUGUCUACCAAAGUCUCGACGAACUGCUGCAAGACGAACGAGCUCCUAAGACCCUGAGCAUAGGAAUGGCAGGCCAGGGAGAGCGAGGACCUGCUGAUAACGAUACUGAGGCCGCACUAACAGAUCAAGAUGGCUCAAACGGAAAAGUUAUACAAUUGGAAUCCAUCACAUCCGGGAAGGGAUCCUGGGAUCUCAUGCGGGCCCUGCUCAGUUUGUCAGGACUGUGCGUACCGGCGUCGUUGGUCUUCUUCGCCGCCAGCGCCAUUGCGCUCGCUUGGCAGCAGCUUUGGAUUAAAGACUGGACGGACGCAAACUCUUUGGACAACGACGACGAUCCCUACGACCCGAACUGGGUCAGGGGCCUGGUGGGGCUCUGCAUAGGCGACGUGCUCUUCCGGUGCGUUGGUGGUGCCCUGCUGGCAGCGAGCACUCGACAACUAUCCCGGUCUUUGCACCAGGACAUGCUGAGUCACGUCUUGUUGAGCCCUGUGAGCUUCUUCGACUCGGCGCCCCGAGCAAGGAUCCUGAACAGGUUCUCACUGGACCUUGACGCGAUCGACGCCCGCUUCUUCCUCACGGUCAAGGUGUCCAUCCAGAACGCCCUCGUGACCUUGUCUAGACUCUCCGUCAUCGCGACCCAGAGCCCCGUAGUUCUCGGAGUAGCGGCCGUGGGAGCCGUCAUCCUCGUCUUCGGAAUGCGCCUCAUCAUCAAAGCCGCCAACGAGGUUCGCUUCGUGGACGGCGCGUACACGUCGAGAGUUCUGCAGCACGUCACGGAGACGGUGGACUCCCUGAGCAGCAUCCGGUCGUACGGAGUGGUGGAGCGUUUCUGCAGCCACUUCUGCCGCCUCACGGACUCCAACAUGGUGCCCUUCAACGGUUUCAUCUGCUGCUACAGAGUCAGCCGCUUCCUGGCCAGCGCCGUCAGCUUUACCGUCGUGUUCGCCACCCUCAUCUUCGCAGUGGUUAUGGCCACGGGCGGCGCCAGCAGCGUGGGCCUAGCGCUCAGCUCUUCUCUAUCUAUCCCAUUGUCCAUGAUGUGUCUGUGCGUGGUCCUGUUCACCUGCAUGCAAAUGGUCGUAUCUUUCGAGCGCGCUCUCGAGUACACAGAACUCCCGCAAGAGCCUGACGUGGACAUUCAAGAAACAAACCUGGAUAACAAGAAUCGGCCGGAGGUCCUUUCGGUUCUGUCCGUGGAUCAGAAAUGGCCGACGGACGGAAGACUGGAGUUCCGAGACUACGCCACGUCUUACCGGCCCAAGAUCUUGCCCGAUGUCCUGAAAGGGGUCACAUUUGUCGUUGAACCACAAGAGAAGGUGGGCGUCGUAGGAAGGACCGGCGCCGGCAAGUCGUCCCUGGUGCUCGCGCUCCUCCGUGUCCUCAAGAGCUCGCGGGGCAGCAUCCGCAUCGACGGCGUCGACAUCAACACCGUGCCGCUGAGGAGGCUCAGGAACGCGGUCACCGUGAUUCCUCAGGACCCGAGCCUGGUGCGGGGCAGCCUCCGAAGCAACCUAGAUCCCACCGGAAGCCACACAGACGAAGACCUGUGGCGAGCACUGCGAGAGGCCCACCUGGACAGCUUCGUGGCCUCUCACGCGAACGGGCUCCUCAUGGAAACGGGUGACGGAGGGUCAAACCUCAGGUUGGUGUGA